AAGUGCAAGCACACAUAUUGAGACGAAUCAACCCAUUGGCCAAAAGCUUAAAUAGCGGCCCUGUUUCGCCUGCAAUACAAUACAACAGGCCGGCCACUCCCAUUUCACUAUUCCCAUCCACCCGAGCCUCAACGCCAGAACCUUCUUUCAGGUUAGUGAACCAUGGGUGCCGGCGGGCGGAUGUCAAACCCGGUCAACGGUGAAGAAAAACCCAACCCUGACCCACUCCAACGCGUCCCAUACCAAAAACCUCCGUUCACGGUUGGGGACGUCAAAAAAGCCAUCCCGCCCCAUUGUUUCAACCGGUCCGUCAUCCGUUCAUUCUCAUAUGUCGUGUAUGACCUCACCAUUGCCUCCAUCUUUUAUUACCUCGCGAACAACUACAUCGCGCUCCUCCCUAGCCCACUCGCCUAUGUGGCGUGGCCCGUUUAUUGGAUUUGUCAAGGUUGUGUUUUAACCGGUGUUUGGGUCAUAGCCCAUGAAUGUGGUCAUCACGCGUUUAGUGACUACCAAUGGCUCGAUGACACCGUGGGCCUUGUUCUACAUUCUGCACUUUUAGUGCCUUACUUUUCGUGGAAAUAUAGUCAUCGUCGCCACCACUCCAACACGGGCUCAAUCGAGCACGAUGAAGUGUUUGUCCCGAAACUAAAGUCCGGUGUCAGGUCAACCGCUAGAUUGCUAAACAACCCACCCGGUCGAAUCCUCACCCUACUCGUCACCCUAACCAUGGGCUGGCCUUUAUACCUCAUGUUCAACGUCUCGGGCCGGUACUAUGACCGAUUCGCGUGCCAUUUCGACCCAAACAGUCCGAUCUACUCCAACCGCGAACGGGCCCAGAUUUUCAUUUCUGACGCGGGGAUUUUAACCGUUUUGUUCGUACUCUUCCGUGUUGCAAUGACCAAAGGGCUCACAUGGGUGUUAACAAUGUACGCCGGGCCAUUGCUUGUUGUCAAUGGGUUCCUAGUCCUGAUCACAUUCUUGCAACACACCCACCCGUCACUACCUCACUACGACUCAACGGAAUGGGACUGGCUGCGUGGGGCCCUAGCCACCAUUGACCGAGACUACGGGGUUCUAAACAAGGUGUUCCAUAACAUUACCGAUACUCACGUGACACACCAUUUGUUCUCGACAAUGCCUCAUUAUCACGCGAUGGAAGCCACAAAGGCGAUUAAGCCGAUCUUGGGAGAGUACUAUCAGUUUGACGGGACUUCGGUUUUUAAGGCUAUGUAUAGGGAAACAAAGGAGUGCAUUUAUGUUGAUAAAGAUGAGGAGGUUAAGGAUGGUGUUUACUGGUACCGUAACAAGAUAUGAUUCGACAAAUUUGAGUAUUAAGAGAAGGGCGAAAUUGUCUUCCUUUUGAUGUUAUUUAGGUUAUGUUUGGUCUUUUUAUGUCAGUUUAAUGAAGUUGUAAUAAGUGUUGUACCUGAACUAUUGUGUUUCUAGAUCACCUUCGUUUUCUUUUAAGAAGUUUAGCAUCGUUCCACCC